AUGGCCGGCCCGGUGGAUACACCUCCUGCAGGCCAUGCCAGUGGGUUGGGUCCCCAUCGGAGAAAGAGGACCACCUUCAGCAGAGGGCAGCUGCUGGAGUUGGAGCGGGUGUUUGCAGCACGACCCUAUCCCGACAUUGGCACCCGUGAGCACCUGGCCCGGGUCACCAGCCUUCCUGAGGCCAAGAUACAGGUGUGGUUCCAGAACCGCAGAGCCAAGAGAAUCAAGAAUAGAGAGCCGGGAGGCCCAAGUCCCAGGCCCGAGCCUCCCCAGAGAUCCCAUUCUCUUCCAGACACCGUCCAGCAGCCCUGGGAGCCCCGAACCCCGGGCCAGCCUCCACCCUCCUACAGCGCAACUCAGUGGGCCUCUGCGUGUCAACACGCCUCUGCCUUCUGUCCAGCUCCUGGCUUGGGUCCGGGGCAGGGCUGGGGGGGCGCCAAAGCUGCAGCCCCAUGGGGACCAGCUGGGGCUUCAGGGGUCCACCUCUCUUCAGAGCGAGCUACUCCCCAGACCUCACUGGGCAGCCUGUCUGACCUCAUCUAUGCCUCGGCCGUUGUCACCAACCUGGACCACUCCUAAUCUAGGGCUAGAACUUGUAAGACCCCUCCUCUGGCUCCUGUCACCCACCCUGCCCCUUAGGGCUGAACACAUCAGAAGUGGAUCCCUGGCCCCUCCUUUACACACCAGAGGUCUCUUAUGGAAGAAAGUUUAGUUCAGGGAUCCCUCCCGUCCACUGUCCUCCAGGCCAGCCUAGAUGUGGGUUCUGUGGAGUGACAGGGGCCUGGCUCUGUUACCCAGCGCCCUGCCCCUCCAGGGAUA